UGUUCAGUGUGAUCCAGUAUAAUACUGACAGUUAUCCAUUCAGUAGAUGUAAAGGAAAAGCUUACAAUUUAGCAAGAGACAUAACUGUGCAAAUUGUGCGAUUACAAAUUAUUUGUGAAAAUACAGUUUGUUCAUUUAAAUAUUGAUUUUUGGUCCUUUUCACGCAUGUUUGUGUACACAACAAAUCAAUAGAACAUGUUGACGUGCAUAUAUAUUUGAAUAAACCGAACUUACUGUACUGAAAACAAACUGGGAAUUUCGGAAGAAUCUAAAUUUAGAUUAUUUUCUCCAUCAUUUCGCCGAACAAACGUUCAUAGUCUCUGAACAGAUUUAUUAUUUUGCCGAAAUAAAUUAAAAUAUUUUAGAAAUUUUUGUUUUUCUGUUGUGACUCUAUCGGAAAAUGCAGUCAGAUUUGUGAUUAAAACGUAGAAUUGUGUGUUGGAUAAAGUUAAUCAAAUGUUAUAAGUUAACAAUAAUUAUGUAAGAGAAACAAAAAUGGUUAUCAAUAGAGAGAAGUUUUACGUCAAUCAUCCUCUAAUUUUACUGGCAUGCAUUUUAUGCAUUGGAUUGCUACAAACAGCUGAGACAUCAAAGGAAGCCGAAAUAGUUGCAACAUGGGCCCAAGAGUUCGGAGACGAGUUGUGGCAGAUGGGUCAAAAGAUGACAAAAUCAAAUGAAAUCAAAAUGAAAUACAAGCAAUACAAUGCGAGAGUGGAACAAAAAGGAAACGACACCCUAAUUAAAUCGAUUGUAGACAAUCUGGGCCGAAUGUUACAGAGAAAAAUCGAUGCGGUCAGAUGCAUACUUAACACGGCGGAAGAAAGUGCUGAGAAGUUUGAUUUCAAUAAGUCCGAUCAUAAGAACUACACAUAUUAUUCCAGCAAAUAUUCGAUUAUAGAAGAUUUGGAGGGCAAUCUAACGAGAGAGUUUGUGGAGAGUUUACCGGAGAUAGUUCAGAAAGACGGCCAAUACUUUCAGAACUUGUCACUGUAUCGAGACACUCACUUUUACAAUAUCUCCGUAAAUACGUCACAUAGCUCUGUUCACGUUCCAACUAAUGUAUAUCACCGAAGCAGAGAAGUUCUUGAAACGAUCAUGUGGUCCGAAGCGCUCGAUCAAGUGUUCCUACAAAACUAUCAAUCUGAUCCGGCCCUAUCGUGGCAAUACUUCGGAUCGGACACGGGCAUAAUGCGCCAUUUUCCCGCAAAAAGGUGGGAAAGUCAUGGUGUCGACGUUUACGACUGUCGAAAGCGUUCGUGGUACAUUGAAACAGCAACAUGUUCGAAGGAUAUUGUCAUUUUGUUGGAUAAUUCCGGAUCGAUGACCGGGUUCCGGAACUUCAUAGCACAGUUGACGAUCAAGAGCAUUUUAGACACUUUCUCGAACAAUGAUUUCACCAACAUCUUAGUUUAUUCGAAGAACGUAACCACUUUGGUGCCGUGUUUUGAUAAUACGUUAGUACAGGCGACACCCGAAAACAUUGCCGUUUUUAAUGCAGCCGUAAAGAAGUUGAAGCCCGAAGGUAGUGCAGACGUUGGACUUGCCUUUAUCGAUGCAUUCGAGCUGUUGCAAAGAUAUCGUGAUGAUCGGAAAUGCAGUGAAUCGAAAGCUGGAUGCAACCAGGCAAUUAUGCUAAUUACGGACGGUGUUCCAGGAAAUGCGACCGAAAUUUUUGACAAAUACAAUUGGAUAGAGAACGGUAACUUUACCAAAAUACCGGUGCGGAUAUUCACAUAUUUGGUCGGUAAAGAAGUGACGAAUGUCCGAGAGAUACAGUGGAUGGCAUGUUUAAACCGUGGACAUUACUCGCACAUAGAAACGUUAGAUCAAGUGCAAGGUGAAGUGUUAAAAUAUGUUAAUGUUAUUGCAACGCCACUGGUGCUCCAAGGAACGGAUCAUCCACCGACUUGGACCCAUGCUUUCAAAGAUUUUUUUUCAGAUGAUGAUGACAGCGACGAAAACGACGAUAAAGCUAGACCAGACAAACCUGCCCGACUAAUGAUAGCCGUUGGGGUGCCUGCAUUCGACAGAAAAUCGAAUUACGAAAACGGUACACUAAAAAAAGCACGUCUGUUAGGAGUUGCAAGUACAGACGUUCCAGUUGAAGAUAUAAAUAAGUUAACGUUACCAUACAAGCUUGGUGUAAAUGCGUACUCGUUCAUAGUUAGUAACAACGGAUACGUUCUACUGCAUCCGGAUCUUCGGCCUGUGGAUCAAGGACAAUUGAAGCCGAAUUACAAUAGCAUUGAUUUAACGGAAGUGGAACAAUUUGAAGAGUCAACUGACCCUCGGAAACCGGGAAAAGUACUGAUGAAACUCCGGGAAGAUUUAGUAAAUAACGUGGAAGGCAAGAUGCUCAACAUUUCAGUCAAAUUUCAUUACGACAAUAUGCGCCGAAUAUCACAAGAAACUUACGAUUACUACUUCGCUCCUUUGCCGAACACGCCAUUUUCACUGGGCCUAGCAAUUCCGAGUGGCUAUGGCAACACAUGGAUAAAGGUCGGAGACGAAGUAAAACGAAAUUUGCAUUUGGGUGUCAAUAUGUCGCGGUUCUUCAUGGGAGAAAAUUUUAAAGUUCAUCCGGAGUGGGUCUACUGCAAGUAUCAUUAUCUUGAAGGUCACGAAUUCGAUACUCCAGAAGAGGAAUUACUGCAUUUCUUGAACAAACUGUCCGAACCCAAUUGGAAAUGGUCGCAACAGUACGAAGUUGAGCCCAAAUAUCAACAUGACGGCAUACCCGAUGAUGAGCCCGAUUGUGGUCGCAAAACUCUCGAUGACGAUGCCUAUUAUUGUAAUAAGGAACUUGUGCAGCUUCUAAUAUUUGAUGCAAAGGUGACGAAUGCUAGCUAUGGUCAGUGGGAGUUUGAAAGCGAAAGCGAUCGGGAAUUGUUCCUACGUUUUAAUGCUACAUUACGUUUCGUAGCCACCAAUAGCGGUCUGACUAGGUGGCAAUUUAUUCUCGAAGAAGAAAUAGAAGUGGAUACAGACAUAGAAUUCGGUGAUUAUCAUAAAUUUGCGAUCGAUGAAACUUGGUACAAGGCGGCCAUAUUGCAACACCGCAUCGAUCCAUUAAGCUUUGUAUACUCAGUGCCACAUGUAUCCGACGAUCCAGAAAACGAAGAAUUGAAAGUGACUGCAUCGCAUGCAAUUUUUCCGAGAGACGGUGGACUGGAAGCGCCCGGACUUGUUGUUGGAUUCCAAUUUUCUCACGCGUUGAUGCAUAAACGUUUUAUGGAAAUUACGUCGAAGGCAGAUUGCAACGGUUGUUUGCGAACAUGUGACGACGCCAUGCAGGAAUGCUAUGUACUCGAUAACAACGGUUACAUAGUUCUAUCCAAGACGGAAAAUCUAACGGGAAGAUUUUUCGGGGAAAUCGAUGGGCCUGUAAUGCAGUCUAUGGAAGAGCUUAACAUUUUCAAAAAAAUAACCGUUUAUGACUUGCAAGCACUUUGUUGCGAUGUACUGGAAAAGAAAAGCGACAGCGAUUCGCUAUGGAACCCUUUCCAAUUAGUGUUGUACGCUAUAAAGUGGAUUGCAAUGGAAUUGGUAGUGCAAUGGUCCAGACUUCAUAUGCUGGUCGAGGGAGUCCCGUUGGAUUAUGGAGAUGAGAAUGACUACUCCGGUGUCGGAACCCAAACCCCAAAACCAAUAGCGACCGAUGACGGUAAAGUUGUUCGCGAACCGGAAAUAAAAAAGGAAAAAAUCUACCGAGCUUGCGACAAGAAAUCCGAUCUGUUCAUCUUACAGCAAAACCUAUUCAUACAAGGGGGCAAUGUUUUACCGUCGUACGGAAAAACGUCGUAUUCAAGACCAUAUUUCUUCAAGCGAAUACCGUACUCAAACUUAAUUUUAGUUGUCGUUAACCAUGAACACCAGUCCGGCAAUCAAUAUUUAACUGCCUCACCUGUCAUCCUAGACUACGAGCACGCAGUUUUUCCAUGCUACAAACUCAGCAUGAAUAGUUAUGAGAGACGAAGACUCGAUGAAUGCUUUACCGAACACCCCGAUGAAGCUAAUGUUACACAAUGUGGACUUGCACCGUCAACAUUCACAUACGCGACCGUCGUAUGGACGUUUUUGUUUUGUAUUUUUAGACAAAUAUUUUGAAUGUACAGCCUUUGAAAGUGUUAAAACAAUAAACCGAGAAAAUAAUUGCUCAA